AUGGAUUCUGAUGGAGAAAAAUGUUGUCGAGUCUAUUUGGCCAAUGGGGAAUUUGUUUUAGGGAAUUUCACAGCAGGUGGAUUGACAUUUCAAGUGAGUUUAAACAGUUCUUCAUUUCCUCGUGAAGAAUUGGAUAUCAAACGAUCAGACAUUCCAAGUGAGUUUUAUUUUGGAGUUGGUACAAGUGCUGCGCAGACUGAAGGCUCAGCUAAAGAAGGAGGAAGAGGAUCAAGUAUCUGGGAUCAUUUUGUGGAACAGAACCUAGACGGGAGCUUAAGCGGCUGUAUUAGUCAAGAGGGUAUUGAUCACUACAACAAUGUGAUCAAUGAAAUAGUCAGAAAUGGCAUUGAACCUUUUGUGACACUGUUGCACUUUGACUUGCCACAAGCCUCGGAAGACAAGUACAGAGGCUGCUUAAAUCGUAUGUUUGUGAAUGAUUUUAAGGACUAUAGUGAACUUUGCUCCAAAGAAUUUGGAGACAGAGUUAGAUAUUGGUUCACAAUAAACGAGCCAACAGUUUCUGUAGUGUAUGCUUAUGAACUUGAGAUUGCCCCACCAGGGAGGUGUUCCUUUAAAGAAGGAUUCUGUGUAUUCGGGGCUCCUCCCCCAGGGCCAUGUCAUGUCAGCACCGGAAAAUGCACACCAGAUGCUAAUUCAUCCGCAGAACCUUAUAUUACAGAUUCUCCGGAAGAUAUAGCUGCAACAGAAAGAUCUUAUGACUUCAACUUAGGAUGGUUUCUAGAACCAUUUGUGUACGGAGAAUAUCCAAAAAGUAUGAAAGUGGUGGUGAAGGAAAGGCUGCCUAGUUUUUCUGCAGAAGAGAAAAGUUUAAUCAAGGGUAGUUUAGAUUUUGUUGGGAUGAACUACUAUAUAUCAUCUUAUGUUAAAAGUAAGCAGCCAUCUCCUACAGAAGAGCCGCGAUAUACAAUUGAAGUUGCAGCUGAACAGACAAGUUUGAGCAAAGAUGGAGUUCAUCUUGGCUCAGACAAUGGAAAUCGGCCAAAAGGACUUCCUAUGUCCAGGAAGGAUAACUCCUCGCUUUCUGAACGAUUGAAGGACUCGGAUCGAAUCUCCUAUAUUGCUAAACAUUUGUAUAGUCAGAGUGGAGUAAACAUCAGAGGGUAUUUCUACUGGUCUUUAUUCGAAUGGGGUAUGGGAUUGUUUGAGUCAUUUGGACUUCACUAUGACAAUUUGAAACGUAUCCCCAAACAAUCUGCUGAGUGGUUCCAACGUUUCCUUCAGAGAAAUGAUUGCUAA